UCCGAUUUUCAAACGACAGAUCACCGCCCACCAUGCCCAACAUCAUUGCAAGAUUUCAGGCUCGCCUGGCACUUGGCUCUCACCCACCCAAUGUACCACCAAUUAUCUUGCACUCCAGACCCUCUUUAGAUACAAAAAAGCCAGCUGCGGAUAUAUUUCACGAUAAUGAUCUACAAAGAAUUCGGUGGGCGUUAAGGUUGAAGGACCUGGAUUGGUAUGAAUGUCCAGGACUGGAUGGGGGAGCGGUGCAUCGAGUUGCUGGGACAAGACUUGGAAAGAUCCCUGUGCCUAUUGUGCAGAUAGGAAAGGACAUGUACUGGGGAGUAGGAAGCGUUAUGAGAGCUUUGGAGCGGAGAUUUCCGUACCCUACACUCUAUUCCGGUCCCGUUGCAGCCGCUGGGUCACAAACACAUACUCGGCACCACGAAGGUCUCUCUGCCGCCCUUACGAGUUGGUGCGAUAAAGUAUUCCGACCCGCUCUCGUUCCUCUCCACACCAAUCCUCGAUACCCAGUCGCCCAAGCUCAUCCCGUCCACUUUCAUCUCCAAACUGUUGAAUCCAUGCUAACUGAAUCCACUCCGAUGUCCACAAAUGACUUUACGUCCAAUCGAUCUUUCAUCGUGGAUCAAAGUGAAUCGCCAGAGUCAACUCAAUGGCACGGCAUCCACAGAUCGACCACCCAUCCGCACAUGACCGACCUUAUGCUGGGAUCCACAGCUCUUUUGGCUCGCUCUGUGCCUUCUCUUCGUUCCACAUGGACAGAAACCUAUCCGCUCACUGCCUCCUGGCUCGAUCGCCUAUUAGAUUACUUGGAGAAGCGGACGGAAACAGGGGUUGCGAUUUCAGCUGAGGAUGCUGUACAAGUGCUAACGCGGAAGUUUACAGUGGGAGAGUGCGGAACAGUUCCUCCGCAGUCUGAGAUUGUGGAGGUGGAGCUGCAGAAUGGAGCUACCAUUAGCGGCCAAGUAGUGACUGCGAGCAAAUGGGACGUGACGCUUGGAAGGACUGAAAGUGUCGUCGGGGAGGAAGGUCAGGUGGAGUCGAUCUGCUCCGUCACGCUGCCAAAGGAUGAGAUUGGUGUUUAUAAAAUUGUUGAAACAUCAAAAGGUUUGGGCGACAAAAAGAUCAACUACAUAGAUUGAUUCAAAAUGUCCAUCCGAAGGGGGGUUGGAGCAUUUGAAAAAUGGGUUGCCCAUUCAACUGCUUCUCUGUCUGGCAAAGGGCGUAGAUGUGCAUUACUCUAGAUCGUAAAUGCUUUGAGAAUAACAUAGAAUAGACUCCAACCAAACUUGGUGUGGGACAUCUAUAAAUGGACCAAUGAAGUGGAAUCCAGGUACCAUCCAAAAUGUGUAAGAUUCAUAUUAGCUUUAACAUGCAAAAUAUCGACGGGUAUAUAUAUCA